CAUGGAGCAGAUCGACAGGUGCAGCAGCAGCAGCAGCAGCAGCAGUGCAGGCCGCUCACAGUUUCACCCCCUCAGAGGAAAACAUUAAACCUGCAGACCACACCACCGGUCACUGAGUUGGCGCAACAACAAACCAACAUCAAUGUCUUGGCUUGAGCGUCGGCGGGAAUCUCUCCCCGUGGUCCACCAGGCAGUGCGGCGGCGUUGCUCCGGCCCGCUGCUGCUGCCUCCAUUGCACCGACGACAUUCCUGCCAGGAGCACCCAUGUGACACCCGGCGGCCAUCUGCAGCGUAUGGGCUGCCGCUGGAGCGACUGGAGGUGUUGUACAGCAGAGCGUUGGCCAGCCAUGAUGAACACCGUUUUGAUGUGGAGAAUGGCCUCUCGGUGGGUCGCAGUCCUCUGGACUCUCAGACGAGCCCGGGUUCUGGUCUGGUACUUCAGGCCAACUUCCCCCACAGUCAGCGCCGCGAGUCGUUCCUCUACCGCUCCGACUCAGACUUCGACCUUUCGCCCAAAACGAUGUCCCGCAACUCAUCCACCGCCAGCGACCUGGAGGAGGGAUUGAAGCAUUGGGAAGUCAAUUGGCUACCUCGUCCUCAUCGAGAUCGUGAUGACAACAGGCAUGGAGAAGACAUGAUAGUGACUCCAUUUGCUCAGGUUCUCGCCAGUCUGCGAACAGUGCGAAGUAACUUUGCGGUUCUGACACAUCUGCAAGAUCGUGUGGUAAACAAGCGGCCAUCAAGCAGCAACCAGCCGUCCAUGUGUAAGCCAUGUCUUGCAGAGGAGCCUUACCAGAAGCUGGCAGUGGAGACACUGGAGGAGCUGGACUGGUGUUUGGACCAGCUGGAGACGCUGCAGACGAGAGACUCUGUCAGCGAGAUGGCAUCCAACAAGUUUAAGAGGAUGCUGAACCGUGAGCUGACGCAGCUUUCAGAGACAAGCCGCUCAGGGAAUCAGGUGUCAGAAUUCAUCGCAAGCACUUUCUUAGAGAAACAACAUGACGUGGAGAUCCUGUCUCCACCUUCUAAGGAGAAAGAGAAGAAGAAGAGGCCAAUGUCACAGAUCAGCGGAGUGAAAAAGCCCACACAAAGUCCCAGCUUAGCAGUCGCCUGCAUCCCUCGCUUCGGAGUCAGUGCCCCGCACGAGAGUCUGCUGGCCAAGGAGAUCGAAGACGUUAAUCGUUGGGGUCUGGAUAUUUUCAAGAUAGCAGAAUUUUCCGGAAACCGCCCUUUGACGGUGAUCAUGUACUCCGUCUUCCAGGAGAGAGACCUUUUGAAAACCUUCAAGAUCCCAAACGACACAUUCAUCACCUUCAUGAUGACCUUAGAGGACCACUACCACUCUGACGUAGCGUAUCACAACAACAUCCAUGCAGCUGACGUGGUGCAGUCCACACAUGUCCUCCUGUCCACCCCCGCUUUAGAGGCAGUGUUCACAGACCUGGAGAUUAUGGCCGCUCUGUUUGCAAGUGCCAUCCAUGACGUCGACCACCCAGGAGUCACCAACCAGUUCCUAAUAAACACCAGUUCGGAGUUGGCAUUGAUGUACAACGAUGCGUCGGUGUUGGAGAACCACCACCUCGCUGUGGGCUUCAAACUGCUCCAAGAAGACAACUGUGACAUCUUCCAAAACCUCAGCAAGAAACUGAGAGAGUCCCUCCGCAAGAUGGUGAUCGACAUGGUGCUGGCCACUGAUAUGUCCAAACACAUGAACUUCUUGGCGGACAUGAAGACGAUGGUGGAAACCAAAAAGGUGACGAGUCUGGGAGUCCUGCUGCUCGACAACUAUUCUGACCGCAUUCAGGUUCUGCAGAACAUGGUCCACUGUGCCGACCUGAGCAACCCAACCAAACCGCUGGAGCUGUACCGACAGUGGACGGACCGCAUCAUGGUGGAGUUCUUCACCCAGGGAGACCGGGAGCGGGACAAGGGCAUGGAGAUCAGUCCCAUGUGUGACAAACACAAUGCCUCCAUAGAGAAGAGUCAGGUGGGAUUCAUCGACUACAUCGUCCACCCUCUGUGGGAAACCUGGGCAGACCUGGUGCACCCUGAUGCCCAAGACAUCUUGGACACCCUGGAGGACAACAGAGAGUGGUACCAGAGCAUGAUCCCCCACAGCCCAUCGCCUUCCAGCCCAGAGGAGCACCAUCUCGAGGGGGAGCCCGGAGGAGGACCACUUGGAGCAGGAGGAUCUCUCCCUUCAGGAGGAGGAGGAGGAGGGGACAAGUUCCAGUUUGAACUCACUCUGGAGGAAGAGGAGGAGGAUGAUGUGGAGUCAGAUCUGGAGAGCCCCCUAGAGGAGGAAUCCCAGUCGGGUGGGGAGCGCCACCAGGACUCCUCCCCUUCCCUGUCUCCAGACCCCCACAGCAGCAGCAGCAGGUACCGCCCCCCCUCGCCUCACCCGUCCCGGACCCUGAGUCUGGCUGCCAUGUCGGUGCGGAGCCCCCAUCCCCACAGAACGCUAGCCUCCCCGGGGAGGGGGGGCACUGACAGGGACAAAGAACUGAGCCAGGAGAGCGACGGGGUGGCCUGCCUGCGUAUCGGCACGUAACAACCAGCACAACCUGCCCGGCCUGAGAGACAGGAGAUGUACGGAGGAAGAGGCAGGGCAGGCCUUUACCAAUAAAGUCUGUAAAAUCACCACAGUCCCUUUACACUGGAGACACUCUCUCUGGAGAACAGAGGGACGUUCACCCUCUGCUUGAUUUUAUUUCUCAUCAAAGAAGAAUCGUUUUAGCCUCUCUUUGGAUGCCUGAUAGGCCUUUGUGUCCCAUCCUGCUUCGUUGUAGCUUCAGAGCAUCCCAGACAAAGACUGCUGCAGUUUCACUGGGAAGAGGAGCGGAGCUGAGGUGUGAUACAACUACAUAAAUUAAAGGAAAUGUCUUCCUCCAAAAUAACUGUCUGUGAACAGCAGUGAAUGAGGAUCACGGUGGAUCAACAGGGUCUUGGAAAUUAUUUUUGCACCAUAGUUUUAGUUUAUGAAAUUAUUGAAUCUGUUUGAAAUAAGUGAGUAUGAUUUCUUUGUGCGAGAAUGAUGUGAGCGAUAAAUAAUUUUACCAAAUACAGGAUGAAGGUGAGCAGCGAGAAAAUCGAUGGACCUAAACCUCAGGGUAUGAAAAGAAACUAAAAAUGUAAUGUAGCAUGUAUGUAAUGAGUACUCCUGACCCCCGACCCCAAACUUCAGUUUGAUUUACCUCCAAACUAGAGACUUGGUUUAACCUUCUUCAUUUUAUUAAAUCCCUUUAAUAUAAAAUUUGGCUCCUGAAGCAAAAAUUAAUAUGUAAACCAACUUGUAGCACCACAGAGAUUGAACACUGAAGAGGACUGAACCGCAGUCUCACAUGUUGAAAAUACAGAAGACACCACCUGUAUUUGUUUUAAGCUAUUUUUUUUACCUGAGAUGAUGUUAAAUGGUGUCAUUGUUUUAGGGUUUGAUUUUGGGACAGUUCUUUGUUGUACGUUUGCUGGUCUCGUCUGUGUUAAUGUGCUUCAAAAGCCUUUUUUAAUCAGGGUGCCUCCGGUCGCAGUAGCACUUUACCAUCUCUGCUGUACAGCUCUUCUAUUCAGUCACACAAAGGGCUUCACCCACUGUAGCCUCACACAAACGGGACAGGAUGACGAUCUGAUAAUGGGUACAUAAAGGGCAGGGCAGGAAAGUAACCGAACCAUUGUCUCAACAGAAACUCUGUAAGCACAGGCAAAAUAUCCUUUCUGAUACAACUGGAAGAAACAUUUGUUGCCCUACACUGAGUGAAUGAAGAUCACCCCCAUAAAAAUAUUUAUUCAGAUUCACAAACUCUUCGUCAUUAUCCAGAUCUGCACCAGAUUUCAUCUGAUGAUAGAGAUUAGCACUGUACACAUGCCUGAUUAUUUCCUUAAAGAUAUAUGCAUUAUUUCUUGACCAAUCCACAAAACUGUCAAAAAAUGGGCAUGUGUAUUUAAUCCACAGACUUGGACUCAGAGUCUUUAGCAGUAGUGUACUAUUUAAUUGAAUACAGUUCAAGUAUUCCAAGAAGAAACUGAUUUCACUCUGAUAUCUCAAAUGUCAAAGCUCAGCCACGUGUUAGAUCGACAAAAACAGCUCCGGGGAUGUGUUUAGUUCCAGUCUCGUUGAAGAAGCGUUGAAGGAGUCGUCUCCACCUACAGAUCUCGUCACAAUGAUCUUGUCUUUGGAGUAACUCUGCAAUUUAGUAUUGUGCUGUGAUCAAGUUGGAAGACUGAUACGUUUUUUUGCGGAGGUCCUGACAUUUAGUCACAUAACGAUGGUCCGAUAUUAACCACAAUGCAACUCAAUAGUGCCUUUCAUUAGAUCUUCCCACCCGGUACCGCAGGGUUUUUAUUAUCAAUCUGUUAUCUUAAACCCCUUCAGAGCCACGUUAGACGUUACACAAUAGUUUCCAUGGCUUGUACGCAAAUAAACUGACCUCCGUAUCUAAAAUUAGUGGAGUGUCCUUUUAAAUUAAUGGCUUUCCUUUUUUCCCCUGAAUCAGUUCAGAUCUUACAAUUCCCCAAAUCACAGUGGUGUUACUUUCCUACCCUGCCGACAGGAACUGCAGAGAUCACAAGGAGCACAGUUUCAUAAGUUUCUGAGAGACACGAAUCGCCUGUAGUUUAAAAUAGACUGUGUUCCAUCAGGCUUCCAGUCUCAUCUGGUCAUCAGUGCUUGACUGGGAUUAACUGUGUGCCAUAACUGUUGAAAACACACAAACACCUGCCAGCCUACGUUUCUGUGCAUUUUUACACUAGAGAUUUUAACCCGAUGAUUGUAUCGAAGUCAUUGACUUUAUAGUGUUAGUUUUUACCGAUGAUAGAUGUCAACAGUAUUUAAAGCAGAGAAUUUACUAGAUUUUGUGCAACCUAGGAUCAGUCUGUUCAGCCCUUUCCUAAUCACAUAGCUGAGACUUGAGAAUGUGUGUAGUUUCAGGAGUUUCACAACUCUUUCUGUGUCAAGUACAUGUUUCAGUCUAGAUCAUCGCCGUCAAUAAGGUAGAAAGACCAGGGAGUGAACAAGCACUACACAGGACAUAAUGCACUCCCUGGUCCGGCAGUAGUAAAAAACUGAACAGUAUUUCAUUAAUUCAGCAAGUAAGCUUCAUUCAUGAGCCUCACAUGUGACAGGAGAGGUUGGAACCUGGUGUUAAAAGACCAUUCUGCUGUUUUUAACAUGCUGAGCCUCAGAACGCCCUUUCACUCACUGUUCUUCUCUUUAUGUUUCAAAGGUUCCUUCACAGUUCGGGAGACGGGAAAAAAUACUUUCUCAUAUCUAGGCCUUAAAGAAUCAGAAUACACAUGUACAUGAUAUAUAUAUAAAAACACUUUGCAUUUCUAAAAGUGUUCAGCAUAGAAUUGAUCUUCAGAGCAAUCACUGUGAGUU